GAUGCCUGCAAUUAUCGUUUUGAUUAGCGUGUGGCCAUGCCAUUCUAGUCUUCCACGUAAAGAUAAUCUCACCUCUUUUGAAGCAAUCAAAUCACACAUGGCGGGGAAGUUGAACACCCCAUCAUAAGAAGACAAACGAAACUCAUUCCCACAAAUUUCUGCAAAGUAACAUAGUCCAAUUUGGAGGAUAAAGGAAACAAAUCCCCACAUAUUUCUGCAAAGUAACAUAGCCCAAUUCGGAAGAUUAAAGGACACAAAUUCCGCAAAUUUCUGCACACACUUUCCAAUUGCAAUAUUGAUCAACGAAAAAUAGGAGUAAUUGAUAUAAAAAAUGGUUUUCGUUUUACCUCUGUCAGAUUUCCAGACCAGGGUUGCGAUCCAAAUUGCAUCCGUAGUCCGAGACCUCAAUCCGACCCGUCCCGGAAUCCGCAUGAAAGCAGUGAUCGGAACGAGAGCCGCUGAGAAGCCCGCCAUUUGCACCGCCGAUGAACUUCACUUCGUGCAUGUUCCCAGCUCCAAUUGGCGUCUUGCUCUCUGGCGCUACAAGCCCUCCACUCAGGGGACUAGGAGGAAUCAUCCGCUGUUACUUCUGUCUGGCCUUGGUACAAACGCAAUUGGAUAUGAUCUAGCUCCUGAUUCCUCUUUUGCAAGAUACAUGUGCAACCAAGGUUUCGAUACAUGGAUCCUCGAACUUCGAGGUGCUGGCUUGAGUGCAGAAUACAAUCUAAGAGAAGCCAAUCAACCUCUUAUCACUGCUUCUGAUCCACGUGACUCAACCACAAAUCAUGAGACAAAUGAUGGAGGCAUCAUUGCCUCACAUUUUGUUGGCUUGCAAGAGCGCUUUUCAACUAGCAUAGUAGAUUUUCAGAAACAGGUUGAUCUUGUUUUGAAGUAUAGAUGGGACUUUGAUCACUAUCUAGAAGAGGAUGUGCCUGCGGCGAUGGAAUACAUAAGGAACCAUUGCCGACCAGAUGACGGUAAGUUGCUUGCUAUCGGCCACUCCAUGGGAGGAAUACUGCUAUAUGCAAUCCUCUCAAAAAAUGGUCACAAAGGAAAGAACUCUGGGUUGGCAGCAGUGGUCACAUUGGGAUCAUCACUUGACUACACUACUUCGAGAUCAUCAUUAAAGUUUCUAUUACCCCUUGUAGAUCCCGCACGAGCACUGAAUGUUCCUGUAAUUCCAUUGGGAGCAUUAUCGGCAGCUUUACACCCUGUUGCGUCUCGUCCUUAUUUUUUCUUGUGGUUGAAAUCUCAAGUUUCUGCCCAGAAUAUGAUGCAUCCUGAAUUAUUUGAGAAGCUUAUGUUGAACAACUUCUGUACGAUACCAGCGAAACUUUUCUUGCAGCUUUCAACAGCAUUCCAAAAGGGUGGACUAUGUAACAGGAAUGGAACUUUCUAUUACAAGGAACAUCUGAAGAAAAGUAACAUUCCAGUUUUGGCACUUGCUGGAGAUCAAGACCUCAUUUGUCCUCCUGAAGCUGUAUAUGAAACAGUCAAGAUGAUUCCCAGGCAUUCGGCUUCAUUCAAAGUUUUUGGAGAACCGAGAGGUCCACACUACGCUCACUACGAUAUAGUAGGAGGUCGUUUGGCUUCACAUCAUGUGUACCCGUGUGUGGUUGAAUUUCUAUCUCGUCACGAUCAGGCUUGAAUUUAUACCUGCGUCAUGAUCAAGUGUAGCUCGGUUUGUUGUUGUUGAACUCUUGGAGAAGUUUUCUUCAGUCAGCAGUAUCGAAUCUUUUAAGCCAAAGGAAAGGGAAAUCCCAUAUUAGAAACUCUUAAGCUAGCCAGUAUCAAUUUGAACAUCUUUAUUAAGAAAGUGCUUGCUGUCACUGCCAGAUAAGGGAUACAUUUUUUUUACAUUUAAUACUUAACUCUUGGGGAGGGCGGAAGUGGAAGGCUCAGAAUGAAACUGGUCUGGGAGGUAUGGGUGUAACCAACUUGGCUUCCAGCAGCUGCGGAAGCAAUUGUGAUAAUGAUACAGGAAGAACGCGGAAUUUGGAGAUUAAGACCUUUAUUAGGAUAUGAAUAGCUUAUAUGCCAUUACCCUAUCACCCCCGCCGGGGGCAGAACUAACUCGAUAAGAUCAAGAUCCAUUGAAUCCCGGUGUAAUCAGUACAUAUGACGUAUGGGAUUUGACUUCUAUCUUUAAUGAGAACCAAGCUUAAUUUGAUUCUA